CUCUUUGACCAACAACGAGCGACUCGAUUCUUUUCUCGUCGGCGGCGAUGUCUCUCUCCUGUCGCCGGAACGCUAGCCCCCAAAUCCAAACCCUAGCCCUCUACGACCAAACUCUCCGGAGACGGCCCCACCGUCAACUGGUCACCGUUCCUCAUGGGGUCGCGAUCUCCGCCUCGCCGUUGAGAUCUCAUCGGCAGAGCAUUGGUAAUUGGAUCGUUGUAGACGCCGGAUCUAGAUCGACGUCGAGAUCGAGGAGGUCUUCAUCGGAAGUGGUGUGCUGUUUGGGUUCUAUCGGGGAGAGGAUCGGAGGGGCGGAGGCUGAGAGGAGGAAGAGGGCAGAGGUGGUGGUGGCGGCUGUUGCCACGGUGGUGCUCGGGACUGGGAAUCGUGUGCUGAAUAAGCUUGCGCUGAUUCCGCUUAGGAAUUAUCCUUUUUUCCUCGCCCAGCUCGCCACUUUCGGUUAUGUGGUGGCGUACUUUUCCAUUCUGUAUUUCCGUUAUAAAGCGGGAAUUGUUACCGAUGAAAUGCUUUCUCUACCAAAGACUCCAUAUGUGCUCGUAGGACUGCUAGAGGCACUGGCAGCAGCAUUAAUGAUGGCUGCUGGAGCCGUUCUUUCUGGGGCAUCGAUACCAAUAUUAUCUCAGACCUUCCUUGUUUGGCAGCUUUUCUUGUCAGCCAUUUUCCUUGGAAGAAGAUAUCGAGCCAAUCAAAUUUUUGGAUGUUUUCUUGUUGCUAUCGGCGUAAUUAUAACAGUAACUAGUGGAUCAGGUGCUGGUCUUAGUUUGGGAAAUGGUGGACUCUUUUGGAUACUUCUGAUGGUCACCUCUUUUCUGUUUCAAGCAGCUGACGCAGUUGUGAAGGAAAUAAUAUUCUUGGAUGCUAACAAGCAACUGAAGGGUGGUUCAGUUGAUAUUUUUGUUGUGAACUCUUUUGGAUCUGCUUAUCAAGCACUCUUUAUUUGUCUGCUUCUCCCUGUAUUAUCUAAGUUAUGGGGUGUUCCGUUCACUCAGCUACCAACAUAUAUUAAAGAUGGAGCAGCCUGCUUUCUCAAUUUAGGAUCAUUGUCUAACGGAUGUCAAGGUGCACCAGUGCUACCUCUGCUAUUUGUAAUUGUUAACAUGGCUUUCAAUAUAUCAUUAUUGCAUCUGCUUAAAGUCUCUUCAGCCGUCGUUUCUUGCCUGGCAUCCACUUUCUCAGUGCCCCUUGCAAUCUACGCCUUCACAUUUCCUUUGCCUCACAUGGGAGUAGCAUCGUCUCUCUCGGCCGGAUUUCUGGCAGGCACAGCGGUGCUAAUCUCCGGCCUCCUGCUCUAUUCCUGGUCUCCUCCUCCAUCACCAACAGCCAUUGAACAAUCACCGUCUAAAGGAGGCAAGCGAGACACAGAGACAUCACCGAUGAUCUGAUCACCGAACAGAACGAAAAGCACGAGCACGACCAUGAUCGCCACCGGAACCAUGAGCAGAC